UGCUCGCCACCCAAGAUGUUAUUCACUGGUAACAAUCCCCAUUCUCUUUCCCCAGUUUGGACUAAUCAGACAAUCGCUAAAGCCUAAGGAUGCUUCCUGCCGCCACUGGGAGCACAUGGAGAGAGCUUCCCAGGUCCACCCAUAGGAGCAGCGUCCCAGCCGCCCCAGGGUUCCCAGUCUGCCCUGCCCCCGCCUUCUUCCCCUUUUCGGCCAUGGCCACCUCCGGACGUCUCAGCUUCACCGUGCGCAGCCUCCUGAAUUUACCGGAGCAGGAUGCUCAGCCCCGGGCCAGGCGCAAGUCAGAGACCUGUGUUCCCCAGGCCGAUCCCUGCACCUCCUGGUUGGAGUCCGAACGCAGCCACUACCCCUCCUCCGACGACAGCAGCCUGGAGACCAGCCCACCGGACUCCUCGCAGCUGGUGUCGGUCAGGCCGGCGUCUCCCGGCUCCGACUCGGAGAAGAGGAAGAAGCGACGCGUGCUGUUCUCCAGAGCGCAGACCUUGGAGCUGGAGCGGCGCUUCCGGCAGCAGCGCUACCUGUCGGCCCCGGAGCGGGAGCAGCUGGCGCGCGUCCUGCGCCUCACACCUACGCAGGUCAAGAUCUGGUUCCAGAACCACCGCUACAAGCUGAAGCGCGCGCGUGCGCCAGCGGCCGCCGAGACGUCGGACCCCUCGGCCUCUGCAGAGCUGCACGCCGCCCCGGGCCCGCUGCGCCGCGUGGUGAUGCCCGUGCUGGUGCACGACGGGCAGCCGUGCAGGGGUGAGGGCAGCGUCGCGGCGGCCCGGGACAAGUGCAGCGCACCCGCGACCGCCGCCUGCCCGGUGCCCGGCUACGCCGCCUUCGGGCGGGGCCCGGCGCUCGGCCUCUUUCCCGCCUACCAGCACUUAGCGCCAGCUGCUUUGGUCUCCUGGAACUGGUGA